AUGCAGCGUGUUCUAGCUUGGUGUUUGCGUGCAGUAGCCUUUUUUAAGGCUCGCACAGGCAGAAUUACUCGAAGUGCCACACACUCACUACCAAGAGGGCCACUCACCACUGAAGAACUUCAAAAGUCAGAGACUUUUCUCAUCAGAUGGGAGCAGAGUGAACACUUCCAGCCAAUCAUCACAGCAGUUCAGAGAGGAACUCUCGAUCGCCACCCGAAAUACAAAUUUAUCAGACGUCUUCGUCCGUUCCUCGAUGAUGAUGGAGUUCUGCGGUUCGGAGGCCGUCUUGAGAAUUCAUCAGAACCGCAUGAUGCUCAACACCCAAAGAUUCUGCCGAAAGGAAUUCUAGCUGAAGUCAUAACCAGACACUUUCAUGUCACUUUACUUCAUGCUGGACCGCAGUUGUUGUUGGCAUCAAUGAGACAGAGAUACUGGCCUAUGGGUGGACGUGGAUUAACUCGAAAAGUUGUAAGGAUGUGCAUUCCGUGCUUCAGAGCGAAACCACCAAUACAAGAACAGCUUAUGGCCAACUUGCCUGAACACCGAGUCACAUACUUGCGUCCAUUCCAUGCAACAGGAACAGACUUUGCGGGUCCCUUGCUACUCAAAUCAGGGCAGCGUAAGGUUUCCGCUAGAAAGUCCUACAUCGCAGUUAUGGUGUGCUUGUCAUCCAAAGCAAUUCAUCUCGAAUUGGUGAGUUCGUUGUCGACAGAGGCUUAUAUUGCCACACUCAGACGUUUUGUUGCCAGAAGAGGGAUACCAGCGUUCAUGUAUUCUGACAAUGGCACGACAUUUGUUGGUACGGACAACGAGCUGAAGAAACUGCUGACAUCCACCCAAUUCAACGAAGGUGUUGGAAACUUCAUGUCAUCUAUGGAGAUAAGAUGGUGUUUCCAGCUUCCCAAGGCACCCCAUCAUGGAGGAUUAUGGGAGACGGUAGUGAAAUCAUGCAAAUACCAUCUCAAAAGAGUUGUGGGCCUCACACCACUCAAUUUUGAAGAAAUGAGUACAGUGUUGGCCCAGAUUGAGGCUAUCUUGAAUAGCCGUCCUUUGGUUCAGCUUUCCACGGACGCAGCAGAUCCCACAAGUCUUACUCCAGGGCAUUUUCUGACUGGGUCAGCCUUAAAUCAACUUCCAGAUCCCAGUUUGCAGGAUUUGUCAAUCAAUCGAUUGGACAGGUGGCAGUUAUGCCAAAAGUUACAACAAGAUUUUGCUCGACGGUGGAAACAGGAGUACUUGUGUUCUCUUCAAGCACGAACCAAAUGGAGUAAGGAGUUUGUGAACCUCAAAAAAGGAGAUGUUGUACUCUUUUUAGAUGAUCAGCUUCCGUCUACACUCUGGCCUCUAGGAGUAGUCACAGACACAUUUCCAGGACAGGAUGGAAAAAUCCGCGUCAUCACAGUGAAGACAAGUCGGGGACAGUUUAAAAGACCAAUCACCAAGGUUGUCAAACUACCUUUGAAGGAGGAGCACGAAGAAGAGUAG